AUCAAGAACACUCACCACACACAGCGCUCGUAGCUUUGAAAUCUACUCGUAUACUAGCUAAGUUAUAAUGGUCGUCUUCUUUCAAUGCAGUGAUGUCCAUGAAGAUGCUAUCGUGUUCGGCGAGCCCCUCAAAUUUUCAGAAACAUCAAGAGAUGUACAACCCCCUCCCAAGGGCAGAUUCCCCCCGCAUGAAAGCACAGGUAAUUUCAAAGCAGCUGACUCUCCUAUCCAACUGGAUCAGGAGAUAUUAUCUACACACGGUCCUUCAAGCUCCAAGCCACCACCGUUGAGCAUGCAGAUCAACAGCGUUGACAUGGAGCAGGCGUCAACAGCUCUUCAGAAGGUCUCAAAUAACUGCACAACUUCCGCAUGCGUGAACAAGGACGAUGCAAAGAAUUAUUGCAAGGUUAAGGAAAGAGAGGGGCCCCCGGAACGACUAGCAGUGAACCUGGCCAAGGACGUCCUCUCAAGCGGGCUAGAUCUGAUUGCGCUACCGCUCAAAAUCACGAAACUUUUUACAUUUUGGAUGCCAAUACUCUCAUCGAGGUUGAUGGGGUGCUGUUCAAGCUUCAUCGUUCCAGGCUGGUCAUCAAGUCUUCAUUCUUCGCACAGCUUCUUGAACAUAACCUCAAAGAUGAUUUCCCUAAUAACGACGAUUGUGUGGGUGGAAAAUAAUGGCAAGGUGAUGGUAUACCACCUCGGUAACAUUACUACGGUGGACGACCUCUUUCUCGCCCCCAUUCUCCGUGCUGCGACUGCCUUGGGCUUCGAAACGUAUCGUGUUUGGGCAGCUCAAGUUCUUGGGCAAACAUGGACAUCCUCCCUGGCAGAUUUGACCUCCGAGCCGAAGGAAAAUGCUGCGGAAUUUAUUGCCCUUGCACGUUCAUGUGACGUGAAUAGUGGUGUGAAGCGUGCUUUGUAUGAACUUGCCAGAACACGCGGGAUUGGUCUGCAUGGCAACGACGUCCUUGGGCAGUCAGGACUCGAGCAGAUUAGCCAUGCAGACCAGAAGUGCGUGGUUCUCAUAAGAGAACUGUCGGUCACCACCUGGUCAGAAAUCGCUGUGCGAAUUGGCAUGUCACCUUGCCAGGGGGAUAAAGUCAAUACAUCUACCCCCUGGAACAAGAAAGCGAAGUUUUCCGUAUCACAAGAGACAUGUUCAUUUGAAUAUGGCAUCCAGGAUGCCUGGAACAAACGCAUCCAUGACUCUGGGCUGUACACAAAAUUUCUAUUUGAUCCGGUGUGCGGUGCCCAGGCGUUGAUCGACAUUCCGUGGGGGGAGGAAGGCUGGUGUUCUCAUUGUAUCCGGUCAAAACGAGCUACGUGGAAAAAGAUACGAGAAAAACUUUGGAGUGACAUGGACAAGUGGAUUCCUGGUCAUGAAUGAUUAUGUAGCAAGAUACUGAACAGACAAGCCCGAGAUAUGGUACUGCUGUUUGACGUGCCGAACUUGAACUUGAAGACUCGUGGCUUUCCUGGAAAUGGAUCAUCUUAUUGUGGAGGUGGCGGUUCGUCCCCUGGUUGUUUGGGAUCGAAGCGAUAUUGUAUUUGCAUAGUCUUUUUUCUAGUCGCAUGAUGAAAUGUUGCAACCUCGUAAUGAAUAAAAG